AAAUGGCAGAAAUACAUAGCGGGGACGGCAGAGCUCUCUCUCUCUCUCUCUGGGUUGAGGGUACAGUCACUGCAGCUCUUCAUCUUCUCCGAGAAGCCAAACAUCAUCACCAUUGACACGCUUCCUUCUUCUUGACCUUCUUCAUCUUCUUCUGCAAGUAAAACCCAUCUCUCUCUCUCUCUCUCUCACUCACUGAGUGUGAAUCAUCGUGUUGGGGGUGAGGUGAGUGGUGCGGUGCGGUGCUUCUUUUCUUUCUCUGUUCCGCCAUUAAAAGCUUUCACGCCCUCUAUUUCUCGUUAACAGGCUGUUCCCAGCAACCUCUCUUUCUCUGACUAUCUCUGUCAUUCACGGAAAAGCAGCUUCGCUUUAGUGAUAUUUCCUCUUGGGCGGUCAUCUCCUGGCCUGCUCCUAUAAGAAAGAGCCCACUGGGGAGCUCUGUUUCGUGCUAAAAAUGGCGGAGCAGAGGCAGAGGCGGUUGAUGACUGUCGCUUGCGCUCUCUGCGUCUUCUAUUGGGUGCAUUGCUGUAGCCUCUGUGCGGUGGCGAUCCUUGAUCCGAUCGAUUUCUUGGCCCUCCAGUCGGUCCGGAAGUCCCUUAACGACCUGCCCGGCUCCAGUUUCUUCGCGUCGUGGGACUUCACCUCCGAUCCUUGCAACUUUGCCGGCGUCUACUGCGAUGCCGACAAGGUGGUCGCCCUCAACCUCGGCGACCCCAGGGCUGGGUCCCCGGGCCUGACGGGCAGGAUCGACCCGGCAAUCGGUAAGUUUUCUUCGCUGGCGGAGCUCACGAUCGUCCCAGGCAGGGUCUUCGGGCAGCUUCCCCAGACGCUUUACCAGCUGAAGAGCCUGAGGUUCCUCGCGAUCAGCCGGAACUUCAUCUCCGGCGUGAUCCCGGCCAACCUCGGUCUCCUCCGGGGGCUGAGGACCCUUGAUCUAAGCUACAACCAGCUCACCGGAUCGAUCCCGCGGUCGCUCGGCACCCUGCCGGAGCUCUCCAACCUCAUCCUCUGCCAGAACAAGCUCUCCGGCUCGGUUCCGCCGCUCGUGUCGCCGUCACUGACCCGGCUCGACCUGAAGCACAAUGGUCUCACCGGUUCACUGGGCCCCACGGCGCUGCCCCCUUCGCUCCAGUACCUCUCCCUCUCGUGGAACCGGCUCGGCGGGCCGGUGGACCGGCUUCUGAUCCGGCUCGACCGGCUGAACUACCUCGACCUCAGCCUGAACCAGUUCACUGGGCCGAUCCCGGGCCGGAUCUUCGGCUUCCCGAUUACGAACCUCCAGCUGCAGAGGAACCAGUUCUCCGGCCUGGUCCAGCCGGUCGACCAGGUCACGAUACCAUCCGUCGACCUGAGUUACAACCGGCUGUCGGGGCAGAUCUCCCCGAUGCUCUCAACGGUGCAGAACCUAUACCUCAACAACAACCGAUUCACGGGCGAGGUCCCCGGCAACUUCGUGGACCGGCUGCUGGCGGCGAGUAUACAGACGCUGUACUUGCAGCACAACUUCUUGACGGGGAUCCAGAUCAAUCCAACGGCUGAUAUUCCGCUGAGCAGUUCACUGUGCCUGCAGUACAACUGCAUGGUCCCCCCGGUUCAGACGCCGUGCCCUUUGAAGGCCGGGAAGCAGAAGACGCGGCCUACUUCGCAGUGCAACGAGUGGCGAGGGUAAACUUGGUAAUCCGCACUUCAUCUUGGAGGGCAUAAUGGGAAGAAAAGAAAUGACACUAUAGGUUUUAAAAAAGAAAAACGACAAUUUCAUUUUGUGGGGUUUUUAGAUUUAUGAUUCAUUUAAUUAAAUUUUUUGUUGACGAGAUAUUUUGGGUAAAUAUAUAAUGAAUAAGGAAGAAGUUAAAUUUUUUGGGUGGUAGUGAUAAUUUUAAUUAAUGUUUAUUAGCUACUAGCUAUUGGGAAAUUGCUAAUGUUGGGCAGGUAUAGAUAGUGCAUAUGCUUUUUUGUUGGGAGCAAAAAGAGGGGAAAAAAAAAAGAGAAGUUGAUGGAAUUAUUCCCUUGUCUAUCUUAUAGUUAUCGGCAUCCUUUUGUUUCUGUGGAUUUUAACGCAUUCUUUUAGAACCAUGUCAAGUGGACCGUAUAUCGACUUAGAUUCUCUCCA